AGGACGUGCCGGUGGAACGUUAUCUGCUCGCACCGGACACCCAUCGUCGUCAUCUUCCGACUCCCCCCGGCUCGCCAGGAACCUCGUGAGCUAUCAUGCAGCAGCAGCACAUGGUCGCGGCGUGCAAGCCCCCCCACGCCGUGCGGCGGGCGGCGCUCCCGCUGCCCGGGCCGUCGCUCCGACGAGCUUUCCCUUGCAAUCCAGCGAGGGCGCGAGAGGCGGUGAGGACGAGAUGCCAGGAAGAGAAGCAGAGCGGUGAUGGCGGCGAGAAGAAGAAGCAGCAGGAGCAGGAGAAGAGGACGUUCCUGAGCCUGGAGGAGGCCGGGCUGGUGGAGAUGUCCGGGCUCAGCACCCACGAGCGCUUCCUCUGCCGCCUCACCAUCUCGUCGCUGAACCUGCUGCGGGUGAUCUCGGAGCAGGAGGGGGUGGCGAUGGAGGAGCUCAACGCGGGGCGGGUGUGCGACUGGUUCCUCAAGGACAAGCUCAAGCGGGAGCAGAACCUCGACACCGCCGUCCUGCAGUGGGACGACCCCCCGCCCAUCUGACCCCGCCGUCUUUGGGUGCUGCCAUUUUCUUUCCUGUCAGUUCCGUCGUCGACAGAUAACUCACGGAAGGACCGAUCGAGGAUGCAUGGACGCUCUCUCUGUUCGACAGCAUCUUCAGGUCGUCCCUUGGGUGGCUAACGGCCUCAUCUCCCACUCCCGCACGUCUCCAACAACCUAGUGCAGGUCGUGCGCUACCUAGUCCAGGUCAUGCGCCUUGUGCGUCCUCUCAUGCAGGGAUUGCAGUUUGUACUCUCCUCCCCCCUCUGUACUUCCGUUGUAACCAUAUAAGCCCAUCGAGGCCGGCAAUACACUGUGUGCGAAGAGUUUCACAACACAACUUGGUAUCA